AUGUUUCUAAAAACUAAAAUUUUAAAAGCUAUUCCAUUUAGAAAUCCAGUGAGAUUGCCUCUCACGUACUGGAUAUUAGUAUUUAUUCGUUUCGCCCUUACGGUCGCUCCUCAAUUAGGAUAUUUACAUCCCGACGAGUUCUUCCAGAAUGUGGAGGUCAUGGCAGGAGAUAUAUUCAACAUCGACGUCGCAAAAACUUGGGAGUUCAACCCAAAAUUUCCAAUCAGAAACAUUUUUGUACCAAAAAUGAUCCUAGGCCCACCAUUGCACUUCAUUCGCAUACUCAAUCCUUACGCUAAACACUAUUUGAGUAUAGACUUACGAACACCUUACUAUUUACUUGUUAUCCCCCGUCUCUUUGUUUGUUUAUUAUCAUUUGUUAAUGAUUACUGUCUAUAUAGAAUAUGUGUCUUAUAUGGUCAAAAUUUUAGAAAUAGAUUGGUUAUAUUUGCAAGUUCAUAUAUUGUACUUGUUUAUUGUUGUAGAAGCUUUUCAAAUACUUUUGAAAUGGUAUUUUUUUCUAUUCUACUCCUUUUGGUAGCUGAAUGUAUGUUGAAAUCUGAUAAAGUAAUAUAUCAUGAUGAGUUUUUAAGAGAAAAGUAUAAUAAGGCAUCUACUCCAGUUGAGAAAGUUAAACUAUUUAAGCUGAAAAUGCAUUUACCGGAGCAUUCCUUGAAUCAUGUGUUUAUUCUAGCCACUCUGGUGGUUAUAGGAAUAUUUAACCGUCCAACAUUUGUGGGAUUUGCAUUUCCGCCUAUAUUCUUCUGGUUGCAUCGUGGCUUGGGGUCUAAAAUUGUUGGUUUCAAAGACUUUCAUGUUCGUAUAUUCACGUUUAUCCUUUGUGGGGUACCAUCGGCUUUCCUUCUCAUACUGGUGGACUCUGGUUACUAUGGUUACUUGACGAUGGCUGAUGCAGAGUCUAUGAAGUGGACGUGGGAUAACUGGGUGGUGACGCCGCUGAACUUCCUGCGGUACAACUUGGACAUGAAGAACCUGACACAGCGUGGACUGCAUCCCCGCUGGCUGCACCUGGCGGUCAAUGUGCCGCUGCUGUUUAGCGUGCUGGCGGGGAUGGCUUUCAUCACACUGUCAACUAACACAUAUAGGUUCAUCCGUGGCCACUACAGGAAACUGCCCAGGAUCCAAAGCAUCACCGGCCUGAUGCUGUUUUCCCUGGUGAUCCCCGUGGCGCUGCUUUCCCUCUUCCCUCACCAGGAGGCUCGCUUCAUCAUCCCCGCACUAGUACCUCUCGUCUACCUCUACGGCAACAGGCUACAUCCAAACGAAUCCGACCUGCCCAAUCACAGGAAACUUAAAAAAAUACUCCUUUAUAUCUGGUUCAUAUUAAAUGCCAGCCUCACACUUUUUUAUGGCUUUAUACACCAAGGCGGCAUCUAUUCCUUCGCUAAUACGCUACACAGAGAAAUCAAAGGCACGUACGGUACGCACACAUACGUCAUAAGCACGCAUACUUACAGCAUACCGUCGUAUUUGCUACAAUUAGAGAGUACGACGAAAGUAUACAAAGAUAGGCAUACUGGCCACAAGUAUAGGCUGACACCAACGACCUUUCUGUACAAAUACGGUUCUAUGCCUAUGGACGAACUCUUUACGAAAGUAGACGACGUUCUUACAAACGCCGAAAUGCUUUUACAUGAAUAUAAGAAGCAAUACAGAUUUUAUGUCGCCACGCCCUGCUCUUUGGAGCUAGAAGUAGAAGAGGCGGCCAAGAAAUAUUAUUACUUUAAGUUGGUGGACGACUUUAGUUACUAUCCCCAUUUUUGUACAGAAGCUGUACCCAAGUUCCCAAGUCGCCACGACCAAAUCUGCGUGGAAAGGAAUCUCUUGAAGAAUGAAUCUCGAGCUGUAGAUCUGAAUAUGUUCCAGAGAAUCUCUUGUUAUUUUAAUAAGUUUUGCCUUAAGAUUUAUAGAGUUAAAACAGUUGGUAAAUAUGAUAAGAUUGAUAAGUAAUGUUAUUAUAAGAAUAUUCUCUUUGUCAAUAAU